ACAUACCGUAAAUUGAAUUUAGCUCCGCAUGUACGACGCAGUGCAGAGGUUCGGUUCUACAAGUGCUCGUACUACCGUACGCCGGGUCUUUCGGAAAAACUGAGUUUCGGUGCUCGAGUUCGUCGUUCUCGAUCUAAACUUGUGCUGCAAGGUUAUUUUGCUUCACUGCUUAUUCUGUGGUGCAUACUCCGAGUGGAUGAGUGUUCCAUCAUGUUUCACGAAACGAAUCAGUACAAGAAUUGGAUGUUUGACAAUGUUGAAGAGAUCGAUGUCCUGCGACGAGAAGCACACAAGCGAUCAGUUCAGAAGCUCGUCGAGCGGAGAAAUGUCCGCCCGUCUGAGAUUGAUGCUUCGUUACUGAACUACGAUGAAUCUAUGGUUAUCUUGAGGCACUACGAAUAUAGUUUGCAUGAUUUUUGUCGCACUUUCUCCCCACCUAUGCCGAUGGCUGUGAUUGGGACAUCGUAUCAUUACUUCAAGCGUUUCUACUUGUUCAAUUCUCCAAUGGAUUUUCAUCCCAAGGAAAUUCUGGUCACAUGUGUCUUUCUGGCAUCAAAAGUGGAAGAAUUCAAUGUUUCAAUUAGGGAAUUCGUGCAAAAUAUUCGAGGAGACAAGGAGAAAGCAAUCGACAUCAUCCUAAGCUUGGAACUUCUCUUGAUGCAACAGCUUUCUUACCAGCUUCAAAUUCAUAAUCCCUAUCAAUCUGCGUAUGGGUUCAUGUUGGACCUGAAGAAUCGAUGGAAUGGCUUGGAAAACGUCGAGCUUUUACAACCAGCUAUCGAAGAAUUUAUCAGCACGACUUACCGGACUGACGCCCCAUUCAUCUAUUCUCCAAGUCAGAUUGCUUUAGCGGCUGUUGUUGAUUCUGCCCGCCGAAACAACGGAAAUCUUGAUACUUACGUUACUGACGUUUUACUGGCGGAUAACAAAGAUAAGCUGAACGGCUUGGUCGAAAGUGUUCGCAAAAUUCGAUACAUGGUCAAAAAUGCCCCUGCUGUGAAUCGCGAUUUGCGCAAAGCUAUCGAAAGCAAGCUGGACAAGUGCCGCGACGAGAGAAACGAUCCUCACAGUUCUAGUUACCACAACCCUAUGAGAGAAUCAGACGACGAGGACGAUCUGAAUGAGCCCAAGCAUGCGCGCAUGUCCCGGAAUAAGCAGGGAUUAAUACAUGGACUAGAAACGUCAGCCGUUUUGGAGUAUUAUGAAGAUAAAAGCGUUGAGGCGACGCGAAAUUUGGAUUCGGAGGCUGUUAAAUUGGUCAGAGCUGGCGAACUGAAGCUUGGACUUCGGAAGAAUGUUUCUUACUCGGAACUGCGAUGCGUUAAAGCGUACCGACGCCCUGCAGCGGGACUGAAAGAAUUCCAGAGUGAUGAACUCAGGCCGUCCAGCAUUUUGCUUGAUUGCUGCCGCCAUAUGUUCAUGAAAAUUUUAGAUGAAACUGUGUACCCGUUUCCGGAGAAGGUGGAGUUCAUUGCAGACCGACUGAGAUCUGCGAAGCAAGAUAUCGUUGUUCAGUGUCUGACGGACAGGGCUGCUGAGCAAGUUCUUGAAAUGACAGCCAAAUUCAUCGUGUUGGCCAGAUAUGAAUUGAGAGGCCGUGAAAAAGAGCACGUGAUACCGGCUUUGUUGGAAAAGCAGCUGACGGAUUGCAUUUUUAGUUUGCUUGCAAUUUACAAGGACAACGGAGCAUUUUACGGAACUGGCAAAAAAUUGGACCGGGAAGUAUCUGACAUACUCUUACUGCAUUUGCUGCGCAGUAUCGAAGAACCGCGUAUUUUCAUUGAAAUUCAACAACUUGGGAAGAGGGUCUGGUCUGACGAAGGUGUAAUGUUCGCCCGUGAAGUACUCUCUGCAUUCACGUUGGGAAAUACGUGCAAAAUUUUGCGAAUCUUGAGUAGCGCUUCGCUAUGGAAUAAGCUAGCGAUCUCCCUGUACGUCCUGCCAUUGAUGCAACGGAAUGGUUUGCGGGCUCUUUGCAGAUCCGUCCUUCAAGCCGAAGUUGGUUACGUGUACCUCGACGAAGUUUUAUUCAAGAUGCAGAACGAUCGAAUUUUGGAAGAUUCCUGCUCCUACUUCGGUCUUCAAGUUGACAAGUCUAGAAAAGUUGUUUUUCUCACUAAAGCUCAUUUUCUUGUGGAUAAACCCCCGCUGGAAACCUGUAGACCUAAGUCACUGGAAGACGAGUUGGAGAAUCUGCGUUUUGGCGAAUGGAUCUUCGGCGGUUGAUUGUAUUUCUGGGAGCCAGUCGUGUUUGUUGAGUUUGCAAAACUUUUGCCAGAAAUGAAGCCAGUCCGAGCGAGGGACAAAUCUUUUUUUCGAACUGUCAAUUGCUCGAGAAAUUUAAGCAUUGGCGAUUUCGUCGAUC